UCCAGCCUGACUGACGCCUCUGGAGCCGCUGUCUCGGUCCCGCCGCCGCCCGCCCGACCCUGCAGCUACCGCGCAACCGGAGUGCGCGGGGGGCACGCGUGGCACCGCGGGGACAGAGUAAGCUGGCUCCACCUACUAAGAGCUUUAGAAGACGUCAGCCCGUCUCUCAAUUGGAAUCGGACCCCACUGCUUCCAGAAGGAAAGGCAAGCUUGUCCCUAUGACAACGCCGCCGACCUGCCCAGGGCCCUGCAAGCCUUGAACGGUCUCAUCCUCUUUCACCGCGCAGGAGCCUGAGCUCUGCCUCCUAUGCACCCCAGCACCCCCAUCAGCUCCCUCUUCUCCUUCACCAGCCCCGCGGUGAAGCGGCUGCUGGGCUGGAAGCAGGGAGAUGAAGAAGAGAAGUGGGCCGAGAAGGCGGUGGACUCUUUGGUGAAGAAGUUAAAGAAGAAGAAAGGCGCCAUGGAUGAACUGGAGAGGGCGCUGAGCUGCCCGGGUCAGCCUAGCAAGUGUGUCACCAUCCCACGCUCCCUCGAUGGACGCCUCCAGGUGUCCCACCGAAAGGGGCUGCCCCACGUCAUCUACUGCCGCGUGUGGCGCUGGCCAGACCUGCAAUCCCAUCAUGAGCUGAAGCCCUUGGAGUGCUGCGAGUUCCCGUUCGGCUCCAAGCAGAAGGAGGUCUGCAUCAACCCGUACCAUUACCGCCGAGUGGAGACCCCAGUUCUGCCUCCAGUGCUGGUGCCAAGACACAGCGAAUACAACCCCCAGCUCAGCCUCCUGGCCAAGUUCCGAAGUGCCUCGCUGCACAGCGAACCCCUCAUGCCGCACAAUGCCACCUACCCUGACUCUUUCCAGCAGUCUCUCUGUCCGGCACCGCCCUCCUCGCCAGGCCACGUGUUCCCGCAGUCUCCAUGCCCCACCAGCUACCCGCACUCCCCCGGAAGUCCUUCCGAGUCCGACAGUCCCUAUCAGCACUCAGACUUCCGGCCAGUUUGCUAUGAGGAACCCCAGCACUGGUGUUCUGUUGCCUACUACGAAUUAAACAACCGGGUCGGAGAGACUUUCCAGGCGUCCUCGCGGAGCGUGCUCAUAGAUGGCUUCACCGACCCCUCCAAUAACAGGAAUAGGUUCUGCCUUGGGCUUCUCUCAAAUGUAAACAGAAACUCGACCAUAGAAAACACCAGGAGGCACAUUGGAAAGGGUGUGCAUUUGUACUACGUUGGAGGCGAGGUGUACGCCGAGUGCGUGAGCGACAGCAGCAUCUUUGUCCAGAGCCGGAACUGCAACUACCAGCACGGCUUCCACCCGGCCACUGUCUGCAAGAUCCCCAGCGGCUGCAGCCUCAAGGUCUUCAACAACCAGCUCUUCGCCCAGCUGCUCGCCCAGUCUGUGCACCACGGCUUUGAAGUGGUGUAUGAGCUGACGAAGAUGUGCACUAUCCGGAUGAGCUUUGUGAAGGGUUGGGGAGCGGAGUAUCAUCGCCAGGAUGUCACGAGCACCCCCUGCUGGAUCGAGAUCCAUCUUCAUGGACCACUGCAGUGGUUGGACAAGGUGCUCACUCAGAUGGGCUCCCCACACAACCCUAUCUCUUCAGUGUCUUAAGUCACGUCGUCAGCCACGUUGCCACCGAACAGACGCGGGCAGGGGCUUCCAUCGUUGCGACCGCAGCUAAUGCAGGGUUCCAGAUGCAGAUGUAAAUACACGUGUAAUGCAUACGAGUCACGUUUUUAUCACCAUUUGUUUUGUGCUACCUACUUAACCUGGGGCCAGUGCUGUGUGGUUGAAGGAGCGUGGUUUCUCUCUGAUUAGGGAGCCAAGUCUUCUGUGAGAGGGAAACACAUACUGAGGGCGUUGGCAAAACCCAAGGCCACUGAAUCAGCUCGUCACUCUACAGAAGGUUGUGCCGCAUACGGAAAACACACAGCUGCUUACACAGAAGGGAACUAGGAGCACUAGAGCGAAAUCGGUCAAACCCACGUGGUUUUCAAAAAGACCUCACUUGCAGUGUGAACGGCAAGAGAGAAAACCAAGCUUGUCCAGUGAUCUAUGAGAUAAAGCCACAGAAACUUUAUCUCCGAAGCUGAAAUACACAUAGCCAGGUACUGAGCUGACAUCAGGUCCAUUCAACCAGAUCUAAACUGUGAUUGGAGAGGAAGAAACUGUGAAGCUUCGAGGCAGGCGGGCAGGC